GCAUGCCCAGAAUACAUUCGGCCAUGAUAAAUAUGAAAAAAAAAUGUUAAAAUUUUAUUAUAUCAUUUUAAUUGAAAUUACGUUAUUGAAGGUUGGGCUACCUCUGUGAGAAUCUAUUCAUAUCUGGAUAUCAAAGAAAUUUCUUAAUGCCUUAUUUCAAACUGCCCUCGCAAGAUUAAUCCUCGGUUUUUGAAGCCCUUUAUAACGUAACUGCUAUACGUAAGUAAAACAAGUUAAUUCUUACUGCAGCUACUGCCGAUAUGGUUUGUCUUGUUAUUAACUACCGAAUUCCGUGAUUAAAAAUGGCAGCUGGUCCCGAUGAUAAAUACCUAGUUUCUCACGUAUGGUAAAAGAAUGUGCUACCUGUACGUUAUAUUACAUAUUUUUGUUUACCUGGCCCCUGGCUCAGCUGCUAUGACAAGUUAACUAAGUAUAGUUAGUAAAGUUUAGAAGUGUCAAGAAGUGCAACAAUAAUAUCGUCUUUGGUUUGCCAAAUCCUACACAUAACACUCUCUACAGAUUCAGUAGUACUCCAGAUGAAGUAUGCUAAGUUACAGGUUUUGUUCCUUACUUAGUCUCUUAGUGUCAUCCUAUUAUUAUGUCAUGUAGAAUUCUCAAACUCAAUGCACAUUAAAUAAUUAUUCAAACUUGAUGAAUUUAGGUGGGGCUAAUCAUGUAUUUUGUUUACCAUUCAUUCAUUUAUCAUUUAGCCUCAUUUAAUUUAUAAUUAGGUCCUAGUUCCAUUAAAAAAAAAAUCAAAUCAAUCAAGAACCAUGUGCAAUUUUAUAUGAUAGGCCAAUCCCUAUGCCCUAUGGAACUUUUUCAUGUAGGGUCUGUCUAUUCUAGUCUAUAGUCUAUUGUGAUUCUAAAUAAUGUACUAGUACUAGGCCUCAACAUUUUUUAGAAAAAAAAUAUAUUUAUGACUGAUCAUCAUACUUUUUUUCUUUUAUUGGAGAAUCAUUUUAAACCCAGUUUCAUUGUUAACAGGUUUAGGUACAGGUAAGAUAAUAAUGACAAUAUUGGUUAAAUUCAUUAUUGUGACCAAAUUUUUUUUUUUCUUGGCAGGCUUUUGACUUUUUUUUUCUAUUUUAGUAGAGAAGUCUAAUACUCAGAAAUGAGCCUACUAACUAAAUGAGUUUCUCCAAAUUUAUUAUAAUAAGGCAAUACUGUUUUUUAACAUGUUGUGAUUUAAAUAUUAAUUAAGAUCAAUUGGCAUAGUGAUAAUGAGGUUUAUCUAUUUUUUAGACAGAAUGUUUUACCAUAAUUAAAAGUGAUGUUUACAGUUUCAUCUAAUACCGUAAAAUUAGAAAAGCAUAUGCUAAUUACAAGAGGAUUGAACAGUACUAAAUCUUAAUAAAGCUAACUAAUUAUGUUGGUAACAAGUAAUAAACAAAUUAAUAAAAUUGUAGAUAUAUAUAGAAGUAAAAAUGUUUCGGCUGGAAGAUUACAACAGUUAAAUACUAAAAACAUUUUAUUUAUUUGAAUGUUACAUAAUGUAUUAGCCUGCCUGCUCAGUAGAAAGAAGAAGAAAAAAAAGAAAACUGGAAGAAGAUUAGAAAGGAUGUGGAGCUAUAGUGUAGAACCGAAAUGGACCAUUUGUUUAAAAUUAUGGAUUUGGGCAAUGUAGUGUGGAGCAAUUAUCCCAAAUCAUUUAUAUUCCAUUUAAAUUAAAUUCAUUUCAAGGUAGAACUCAAUGCAUCUGUAACUUCAAUAUCCCACUUUCCAUUAUUGUUAUUAAUACUACAUUGUUUGAAAGUUAAAAAAAAAAAAUGUUUCCCAACUCAACUGGCCUCCCAAAUGUAAAAACUUUCCGCAGAGAGAAGGUGUUUUGAUUCACUUCAGUGACAUAGAACAUUAGUUACAGCAGCUUUGGUUGCAGUCUUUACUCAUUUCUUUUUAAUAAGAGGGAGAUGGCUUCUAAUCAGCAUGUCUCUUAAUCUUCCGUUCCAUUAGUGUGGUGAAAUGUCGCCAAGGGGUAGGUCCUGUCCGAACGACCAAAGAAAACAAUAUCAGAGUGUUUCUUUCUCGCUUCAAAUAACUUCACGAGAUGGUUUUGAUCAAAUAAAUAUUCUUUAAUUAUUUACAGAAAAAACAGAAACCAACAUUAAUGGUGUUCACACCAUAUGAAUGAAAAAACUUUUGUCCAUCUUCCCCGAAUGUACAUCAAUAAGCAUCACCCACUCACUCCCUAAUGAAUUUCUUCCUUGUGCUCAUAACAAAUAUCGCACCCCACCGGUAAUGCGUCAUAACGCAUUCAUGACUUAGUAAACGUGGUGCGAUUUAUGGGGAAGUUCCAAAUGAAAAAAAUUAUUGCUCAUAGUUAAAAUUCUCAACCCAGAAACAUAACAUAAUCAAGCGAUCUGACCAUGACAAUCAGCAUGCAACAAGGGGAGGGGAUUUCUGAGUAUUUUAUGUUUUAGGUUCUGGGUAGAGGAAGGACAAUUUUGAUAUUAGUUUUGCAGCUUAUAGUUUAUGGGGAUGAUCAAUAAUAUGUAAAAAUAAGUUUGGUGCUUUCAUAUUUUCGGAAUUAAUAGUGCAACUACAUCUUGUCAGGUGAUGCCCUUAAUUCCAUUUAAUUUACUAAAUGUCAGUUUUAGAAUAAGCUCAAUACACAUCUGGAAAUUUCCCUUUAAUUCAUCUGAACAUUAGUUGUAGAAUUAGCUCAAUACAUAUCAGGGAAUCUAGCAUAUCUAAAGCCCGAAAUACCAUCAUCAUCUUGAUAAGUCUCAGUAGCUGGCAUAAUUGACAAAUAAUUUUGUAGGUGCUCUUCUUAGUUUAAGGAAUUAGGUGCAGAAGUUGGAGAAUAAGGUUAGAGAGAAAAGUUUAGGGCAUAAAGGGAUAGUGCACGGGUGAGGGGAGAGAGUGAGGGCAGGUGUAGUUAGAAAAGUAUAGGAAUUUAAGGGGGGGGGGGGGGGGGGGGGAAAGAUAGGUUUGAUGGACAGGGGUGUUAGUGAAUAAGCAUAGGUAUAUCAGGGGUGUUAGUGAAUAAGCAGAGGCAUAGUUAGCCCGAGGGCAAGAUUCAUUUUUACAAAGUCACACACAACCCCUCCCUCAGCUCUCUGAUAGCUAUUUUUUUUAAAAAUUUCAUCUUCAAUAAAUACAAUCAAAGGCCAUUAUGGCACCUAGGGACAUCUGUUGUCACACACCCUUCCCAAUCCUCUGGGAAUAAGCAUAUGAGAGAGAGCACAGGGGAGGAUGAGGAAGAUGUUUGAUGAAAAUAUUGACAAGAUGAUAGUGAUUGGGGGGGGGGCAGUAAAGAAUGAGGAGAGGAGUGGUUUUUUGUUUUUAGGGAUUAAGGAUCAGGGUAUGACUUUUAAAAUUAAAGGGGGGGGGGGGUGGUGGUGGUGGUAAACAUAAGAAGUUGAGCAGAAAAGGUAAAAGUAUGAGAAGAGGGUAAAGGAUAUUGAGGUGGCAGAGGUUAGGUUACAUGAGGUUUGUUGAUGUAGAUUGGGGAGUCCAACUCAUUAAAAUUAAUUGAGGGGACCUGGUAGGAAUUUGGAAAAAAAAUAUCACAAGAAAUAUAGUUGUAUAAAGACAUUUUAAACAAAUAGUCUUAGAAUAAUUACCGUUUUUAUUGGCAUAUAACACACACUUUUUCUCCUCGAAAAUAGAGGGCAAAUCAUGUUUGCGGGUUUACGCCUAUAUAAUGUUUAGUUUUUUUUUCCUGAAAUUUUCUUCUUAAAUUGAGGUGGGUGUUAAAUGCCAAUAAAUACGGUACAUAGUAUAUUGUGAAAAUUAUUGAUGAAUGAGAAUACCUAGUAUUAAUUAAAUUUUAACUUUGAAGUAGAAAGAAUUAAUCCAGUUUCUUAAAAACUUUUUGCUGCCCCUCUUGAUUUCAAAACAUCCCCCCCCCCCCCCCCCCCCCCCCCCCCGCACCCCCUCUUGAUUCAACCCCCUCCUUUUUUUUCUGCUUAGUUAUAUGCACUUUCAUGUUACUUUUAUAAAAUAUUUAAAUAAUUAAGCAGACAUGAAACAAAAAAUAUCGAAAACAAGUUACACACCAUUAUUAGACAAACAACAUAAAAAAUAAAAGAAUGAUAGCUGAUCAAAAUAAUUUAUAAUAUAUAAAACAAAUCUAGGUAAUUGUAAUUAAAAUAUUUUUUAUAUCAUACCCAAUAUAUGAAUUAAAUGCAUUAAUGGGUUUAUAAGAAUCAACUUUUUUGGCUCUUUGAAGUAAUGGUAACGAUGACCUACUCAGCCUAGAAGUAUGGGGAUUCAAAUUCUUCUAGGGUCAUUGCAACUAUAGGUUAAAACCCGGGAGUAAUGGAAUCAUUAUUGAAGCAAGGCAGAUAUUUUAGGGGCAGAGCUAAGCUCUGAAUAAAUAAACUCAGUCACCAAAACUGUAUAAAAGCUGCCAACUGUGAUGUUUAAAAAAAAAUAGAUGUAGUUUUUCCAUGUAAGCUGCAGUCUCCCAAAUGAAAUCCUGAACAAUAAUAAAUUAAUACAUUUUUUAAAAUCUUUAUGAGCAACAAAAAUUGACACUAUUCAAUGACAUACCAUGAUAGCUUUUAUGUGAGUUAAAAAACUUUUAAAAUCUUCAAAAAACUAAAAGCUGUUUUGAGUUUAAAUAUAUAUUUUGAGUACAUCAUAUUCUCCUUUUUACCCCUACUUUUUUAUUUUGUUAAGCAAAUGGUUAUCAACCUUCUCAGAGUAUUAGUUAUUUUCUUUCUUAUGCAAAAAUGCUAUUUAAAAGAUAUAUAAUAAAAUAAAUUUAGCCAGCCAAACACUGGCGUCAGCAAUGCAUGAACUUCACAUCUACUUAAGUUACUUGACAAAACAUGAACUUAAGUAAUGCACAUUUAAGAAUCCCAAUUUUUGCUACACCCCUUCCCCCAUGAUACAUCACUGCACACUUUUUAUUUCAUGCCCAUGACUAUAUGAAAUAUUCUGAUGGCCCAACCACUUUUAAACAGAAAUUUUUGUUAACAUACUUAAAUUGAGACGAUUUCAUUUCCGAAAAGAAAAUAUUAUGCGUUAUAUAAAAAAAAAUCAUUUAGCAUAGUUAUCAGGAAUUAUAUUUUGCAUGCUAUUGAACUCAUUAUUGAACCAUACUUUCUUUCAAACAUUUAGAAUUAUUUGUAAUAUACUCACAAUACCAAAUUCACUUAUUAAGAAGCUGUCCACAGUCACACCAGAAGUGUAAUAUAUAUAUAUAUAAGAGAUAUUUAGCCAACUACUACCACAGUUUACUUGAAAGAUCCUGUGAGAAAAACACAGUUAAAAAUUACGAUUUGGACCAACAGUCAUGUAUUACAGGGGACAAACAGCCAUGUAUUACAGGGGACAAACAGCCAUGUAUUACAGGGGACAAACAGCCAUGUAUUACAGGGGACAAACAGCCAUGUAUUACAGGGGACAAACAGCCAUGUAUUACAGGGGACAAACAGCCAUGUGUUAUAAGUUCAUGCAGUAUUUUUAUUUUUGCCUGUAUUGCACCUACCUUUCAUUAACAUUAUUUUUAUAUUGAUAAUUUGGAAGAAUUCAUUAUCCUUCGAAAUUGAUUUUAGUUUUUAAGUCAAUUUAAUUCUGGAUCCUUCUUCCAUUUUCCCCAUAGAAUUUUAUUCGGUUUAAAUUUUUUACUAAACGUUUGUUGUAAACUGCCUACAAAUCUUUAUAUGUUUAAAGGGUUGUCCUUGUUUAAUUUUGAUUUGCCAAAACUGUAAAUAACUGAGUGAUUAUAAAUGACAUAUUUAUGGGUUGUUUUUUUUUACUAUAGGUCAUUAUGUUUAUCAGAGGCUGUGAUAUCUUUAUGUGGAACAACAAAAGCCUAUAAUACAGGAUAUUUGUCAUGACAUUCAGGUAAGCCGAAUAGUAGUGGGACCCUAAAAUGAUUUUUACAAAAUCUCAUUACAUUUACAAUAACAUUUUUCACCAACUCAAACUCUUAAUCUUUUUAGUCAUAAGAGUCUUAAAGGUAGAGCUAGUAUAAAUUUAUUUGAAAAAAAUAAUUUAAUUGCACUGUUCCGAAUAUAUGUUACACAUAGACAAUUAUUAAUUUAAUAACUAACAGAAAAGCAUUGCAAGAAUAAAUUGAUUCUUUGUGUGGUGGCUCUUUAUUUAAAUGCAGUUCAUCUGAAAUAACUAAAUCAGUACAUUAAAAAAAAUUUAAUGUAUGACAUAUUAGAUCAUAAAACAACAAUUUUUCUAUUCUAAAUAUUGUUUAAAUUUUAAAAAAUUUUAUUAUUUUUAAAAAAAUACUUUUCUGUGUAAUAAAUUUUACAUUUGUCUCUUAGAGUGUGAUGUCGAAAAUUACAAGUCACAUUGGAAUGUGCUAAGAUAAGGAUGAUUUGAAGCAACAAUUGCUAAUACUUUGACAAUGGCAAAGUUGUGGAGCUUGGCAGCCUAUAGCGUUUGCUUCCUUAUAAAGGAGCCCGACAGACUUUUCUUAAUGCUGCCACCGACUUAGUUUGAUUUCCCACAUGUCCUUGACCUCUUGUGCCAGCAGGUAACAAUGAACUAUGACACUCAACAAUAUACAUUCAGUCAUGGGUUGGCUCCCGCCCCUCAGCUUCACAUACAACAGCAACAGCAUCACCUGCAACAGCAUCAGCUGCAGCAGCACCAGUUUCAGCAACAACAGCAGCACAUUUUCCAGCAGCAAUACAACCAUGCCAUACCUACAUCCAACGUCUACCAGUUUCAGUUUGCUGGAGGAGGAAACUCAAUUUUUCAACAAAAAGACGCACACCAGAUGGGACUGUCGGGUGGGAUGCAGCAGAGAAUCGGCCAACACAGUAUGGUCUCCCAGCCUUUCAUCAAGCAAGGAAUGCCACUUGGUGGAAUGGAUGGGCAUUCCAUCCACGUAGUAAAUGGGCUCGAUGGGAUGAUCUACUCGCACCCUAAGAAUAGUUUAAAAAUAAUCACCAACCCAGAUAACAGAAUGAUGCAGCAGCCAGAGGGCAGUCUAGGUAUGCAGCAGGCGAUUGUUGGUGUGGAUAUGGUGGGAAGCUCCAACUUCAUAGAGCAGAACCUGGACACUCAGCAACAUCAGAACCUUGCUGUCACAGGUCAGGGUAAUAUGUUCACAUACAACAAACACUUCACUGGUUGGCUGCAGCCCCAGAAUAUCAAUGCGGCCAGCAAUGAUCAGUGCCAGGCCAUUGGUCAAAGUUCGUUGCCGUCUUUUAACCACCUGUGGUCAGGGUUUCACCAGAAGCAGUUGGGCGUGGUUCAGCAUCAUCAACAUAUCAACCAGUAUCAGCAACCACAGCAGUUUCAGAAUCCCAUCCACCAACAGCAGAUCCAAACUCAGCAGUUCACUGCAUCCAGCUUCCAGGCUCUGCCAGGUAUUCAGAUGAUAAAGAUGCAGCAUCAGGGGCCGCAGCAGAAACCACAGCAGAUAACUGUGCCUGUGUCGAUACAAUCAGUUCACCAUCUUCCCUCGCAGUUUCACUGCUUCUCACCUUCCCAAGUUAAUUUAAUGUCUUCAAACUGUGGGGAUAAGGAACCUGAAAGAGGAAAUGUAAAUGCCGAAAAGGGGAUACACACUUCAUUAUAUUCAGCACAGCCUUUACAAAACUGCCAGUCUAUAUCAUCCCCUUGUGUGGAGCAUAAAUCUACCACUGCCGUUACCUAUACAAUUUCAGGGCCUCCAAAAGUUACAGUUACUCUGGAUUCGCUUACUCAUUGUGAAACAUUCCCUCCUAAUCGGUUCCUGGGGAAAUCUGAUAUGUCUUUCAACCCUGAUAUAGCAUCUUCAAAUUGUGUAGGUAAAGGAAAAACUGUAAAAAUUUCUAGUAAUUUAACUUCAGCUGUCUUACAAGAAAAUUGUUCCCACCAGCGACAGUGGCAAGCUGUGCAAAACCAAAGAACUCAGUAUAUACCCAAACCCCUUUUUCACACUUCCUCGACUGGUAGUUCUUUAGAGAGAUCUUCUUCUGAAAGCUCCAACUUUUCAUCCCCCCCUUACACUUUUACACCACCAAGUAGUACAGACUCUUUAUUUUCCCCCGUAUGCUCACAGUUUCCCAAGGUGAACGAUUUCACUUCAGGCAGAACUAUGGCAAUAACCCCAUCACCAUCAGCAGCACAAUAUUUAGCAUCGCCUGUAACGUCAUCCUCUCAAAUUAUGAGAGAAACAGUGCAAGCUGCCUCCCUUGUUGCAACAGUGCCCACACCAGCUUUAUCCAUAGCUUCAACGUGUACAACAACAGUGACCACCACAGUGGCGUCCAGCUACCACUCUGUUGCCUUAACAACAACAUCCAUAACAUCAACAACUCCAUGUUCCAGGGAAAGCACAAGUAUGGCAUCAGUUCAUUCAGGGGUACUGUUAAGCAGCUCUAGCAAUGUAUUGUCAGAACACUGUAACCGAUCAUGCAGUCCUGCACAGAAGCAGUUUGUAUCAGGGUCUGGUGUUGCUAAUGGGAGGAAAGUGAAAGUCCCUUACAGCUGGCAGAGGAAAUUAGAGAAUGGAAUUAUUGAAUAUUUAAGGUAAAAAUUUUAUAUUUAAUGUAAUUACUUCCUGCUUUUAGAAAGAUAAAAAACCUGCAGCUGUGUUGCUCUGUUAUGAUGCUAAGUAAAGAUUUAAUAAAUAAAAUCUUGUUCUUGCAUAUAUGCAUAAUUAUACUUUGACAUGAGUAUUUGCUUUAACUUUGUUUAAACACAUUUUUAGCAUUAAAAGAAGUCAUCGUUCUCAGUCUUUUUCAUUUAAGGGCAAAUUAUAGAAAUUAAAUAAUUAUAUCUAAACCUUUUCAGGGUUUUCUUUCUUAAACUUACAAAGCUGUAUUUUUCUUGCUACUGUGAUUAGGGGCAUUGAAGAAUAAAUUUAUGUUUACAUAAAAAUUAAGUUAUUUUGCAACUCUUGCAUAUACAGACCUCUUAACUCUUACAAUUUUGCUGUACAUUGAAUGAUUUUGAGAUUUAUUUUACAGCUUUACAUUCUCUCUCUCUCUCCCUCUCUCUCUUCCCCCCCCCCCCCCUCCCUUCUUGGUUCCAGCACUUCUUUGUAAAUGAUGUCCUCAUUUGUUAAUUCAUUCUUAUUUCAAUAAAUUUUAUGUUAUGCUGAACUGACUUCGAGUUGUUAAACCAUGUUACAUUUCACCGGCAACUUUUUUUACCAUUAACAGACUGAUAAUGUGAUCAGCAUGUUCACCCCAAAAUAUUAAUUGAUAACUAUAGCAGAUACAUGUCUGCAAAACCAAGUGAGAGCAUAUUGCAAUAUAAAUCUCAAUCAUCCACUUUUGGAAGUUACCUUUUUUGACGUCAGCUUAACUCGAUUGCACUCAACAUGCGAUGCGAGCAGUUAUUGUAUACAUUUCAUGCACUGUUAAUGUUCAUUUAAUUACUAUUUACAUACUGUAUUGUACGAUAUUGUAUGAUUUUAGGAGUUCGAUGGUAACCAGGUCUGCAAAUAUAAUUUUUUUAUUUUUUUUCAGUCCCAGUGGUGUGGUCUUGCAAUCCUUGGACCAAAUAUGCAGAUAUUUAUUGAGCGAUACAACCUGUAAGUGCGGACUAGAGUGUCCGUUGCAAGUUGAUACGUUCUUUAGCUUUGACCCAGAGGUUGGUAAUCAGCCCUGGAAUUCCAAUACAAGUUGUGAAGACUUAGGGAACCUUUGCAAUCAUAAGCGUGAAAUCAUUGCUCUGGCAGCUUUCAAUAGCUCACAGGCUGAAGCAGUGGAAAAAUCAGCAGGUAUGUUGAACUGUAUGGUAUUGUCACUUCCUGGUGGCUUUCCAUUUUUCAGCUAGUGUGUAGCACCAUUUACUUUUUUUAUUGUAUUGGUACCUAAAUGAGUAUUGGCCUCUUAUCAUAUUCAGGAAUGUUCGCAAGUGCACUGUAAGAGCUCUCCUCCCCUUUAAGUGGAAGGUCUUAACUCUGUCCAAUUAAUCCCUACAACUGUUGUCCUCCUGUUGUUCAUUUGAUAUUUUGCCGCAUCUGCAAGUUUCUAUGCAUAGUUUCUCUGGUCUCUUCAUACUGAGUUCUAUUGUUCUUUUGUCUCAAAAGAAGUUAAGUGAAUCAGACUUAAGUUCAUUCUCAGUUUUCUUUAGAAUAUAACAUUUUCUAAAUGUCACCUCAGGUGUUAAUAUAUUUAGAUGUUACAUUUGUAUACUAGCAUAAGUAUAUUGUAUUUGAAAGAACCAUGACGCCCCCCUUUAUCUGAUCUUGAACCUCCUUUUCAUAGCUGGACGGUCAGGCCUAAUAGGUUGCUAAAAUUUGAUUUAUUUUGGCACCAGAGUGAGAACAACUGAAGGUGAUUAGGCAAAUUUACACAAGGUAGGGUGAAGCUUAACAGAAGACCAGAAGAAAAUUGAUCACGUUGGUUUCAUCAUGGAAAAAUUGAAACCUAUUAAUGGCCUGUAAAAUAGAAUGAAAUAUAAUUGUAGUUGAGAUCAAGGUACAUAUCGUGAUGAUUAAGUCCUGGUUUAACAAGCUUCAUUAAAACAGAGGAGCCCUUUGUAUUAAGUCCUUAAGUCUUUAAAUAUUAAUUGAAGAUAAAUUAUACGUCAUAAGAUAAUCAAUUUGAAACAUAGUUAAUAUUGAAAUUCUAAUUUUGAAUGAAAGUGAGUGAAAGAUAGUAAAUCUUAAAUAUUUUUUGAAUAUUUUGUUAUUAACACAUUUAAUUUUGAGAGCAACUUCCACUACUAGCACUUAAAAAGAUUUGAUACCUCUUAAAUAAAGUCAUGAUGAAAUAUUAAUAUUUAAACUUUUCAUGUAUGUUGAAAGUUUUAAAUUUUACUUUGUUUAUUCUCAUGAAUGAUUUAUUUAGUGAAAUUUUAUUUUCUUACUUUCUUCCAGUUCACGGAGUGCAAUUGGGUAAAAAGAGACAAGACAGAAAGUCUCUCAGUGGUGAUGAAAGCUUGAUUGUUUCCCCUUUGAAGAGGCUGAAGACGAGUAUCACAAAGGCUGUCAAUAAACAAUCCAUGUUGCUAGGGAAUGCAUCACAGCCAUCACAUGUGGAUAGUGUGCUGUCAGCAGAUGAUAAAUCUUCUUUAGUCAACAGUGAUUUGCUAUUUGCCAAUGUCAAUGAUAGAGCAUCUGUUUCCCCUUCCAACUCACAAGGCACUCAUGAAAGUGGAAGCUCUCUUGGAGAUUUUUCAGGACAGCCAAGCCCAGUGGGUCAUCCCAAACAAAUGCCUGCAUUCCCAAGACAGCUGUUGGAUGCUGAAGAGGAUGGGAAAUUGGUGGGGUCAUCGCCACAUCCUUGUGCUCGGGCAAGCCCUAAUUUGAAUAAACAAACAUUCCUUAUGCAUCACCAGCAGGCAGUUCCAGGGGGGAAACAUCAGAGUUUUUCUGGGGGCAACAGCAGUGGAGGUCUGUUUGAUCAAGGCGGUGGAAGAGAAACGCCCUUGCAGAAUCACGCCUCGGGGAGGGUGAUUUCAACAAGCAAGCAAUACCACCAUGGAGAUCUUCAACAACAGGGCCAGGCUUUGAAAAACUCCAAUAUCUACUUCCAACAAAACCAAAUGUAUCUCAACAACCCCCAGCUGGCACAGCACACUUCUGAGGGUUUUCCCCCUGCAAUGUGGAAAGGUUCUAGCCCUAAUAGAUCAGGACCCAUCCCUCACCAGCACAGCCCGAGAACUUUUCAGCCUGAUAUUAAAUUUCAUCAUUCAAAGUACAGCAACCCCCAAACUAACACUUUCCCCAAGCACAGCACACCGCAACAGCAACAAGUGGCUGGCCUCUCCUGGCUGGACCCAAAAAAAACAAAAACAAAACGGCCAAAAAGUAAGAAAGACAAACAGAAACAGAACACCAGCAUAGUCGAUCGCAGCUCCCCGUGUGCGAAGUCUCCAUCAAAAACAGUGAAAAAUGCAGCAAUACCGUCCACAGCUGUAUCGUUUUUUGACAAUCCUACAGUAUUUGUUGAACAGCAAACUGCCAUUAUAAACAAUUCUAUAGCUUCAUGUCAGAUAUCAUGUUCCUCACCUACUCCCUAUAGAUCAGACUCUACAAAUACAAAGCACAUCACUACCUUUCCAUCAUAUAAGAAUUUAAAAGUGGGCAAUUCACAUUCUGAAAGUGGUAAAAGUUUGGGAGUUCUAGACAACUCAGUGGGAUUAGACAAUCUGGAGAUUGGCAUCAAAACUGAGACAGAUGAACAGAAGAGCUCCACGGAUUUGGAAAGCAAUAGAAGUUUCUCAGAUACAGCUGAAAAUAAUGAUUCUGCUUAUUUGAGUCAAACUGGAAGUGACCAGGAAAGGUCAGACACAAUCAGUGGCUCGGACUCUGUUGAAACAAAAUCGAAAUGUUCUGAUGUCUAUGAUUUUAAUAUGUCUGAAGACAGAGAAAGCAAACCCUCAGUGAUGAAGCAAACUGAUAUCAUUAACUCAGAACCAAGUGAAAGUGAUGGAGAGUUGGCUUCACCAAGACCCAGCUCUGCCCAGAGUAAAAAUAUGCGUCCAGUUAAAAUAACUGAAAAGAAAACCACUAAUAAAAUAAAGCCUCAAUUAAAAGCCUGCUCGAAUAAGAGAGAGAUAGCCAAGCUGGAUGUAGAAUUGUUAAAGAAGAACUGGCCGGGCAAUCUGAAUGGAGACCUUUCUCAGUUACUAGCCUCCAACAACUGGAACAUUCCAGCCCUACAGCAAGUGCUUGCCCAGUAUAAUGCGGGGGAUCCAGGCCAACUGAAUACAGCCAUCCAGCAAGCAGUAUCACAAGCCGCAAGUGCAGGGGUUGAGUUUCCGGCCAGUAAUUUAUUGUCUGCAGCUGCGAGGGCCCAGCUCAACAUGCAGUACAAGGAUCAUGUGACUGUCACUUUGUCAAGUGGUGUUGUCAACACGCCAGCACUGCACACAAGCAAAAAUGAUGUUCUGGUUUCAACAAGCCCCUGCGCUACAAGUCACACUGAACUGAAAACUUCAGUGUCAAAUACAUUGUGUGGAUCU